UGUGACCAAAGAAUACAAAUAACAAAAACUUCUUUAAUGAGACUCAUUGGGUUUGUUAUGUGUGUUUGGCAUUUCAUUCUUAUAUUUAUUCAUUUAUUUAUUCAUUUUAGCUACAGAGAUGAAUUUGAAUGAGGAAAAAAGAGAAAGAAAAGGAAACACUAUUUUGGAAACAAGUUUUUACCUUUAUGAAAAGUUUGUUACUGAGGUGGGAAAAGUAUAUAAAAAGUAAAUGAUAGGAUAAACAUGACAGUAUCUGAUUCUCAUCACCCAAAAUAAAAUAUUUUCCAGAUCUCACUAUGUUCAACUUCCCCCCCAAAAAAAGUUUAAGGAUCAUUGUAUAUUCCAUGAAUUAUAUCAGAUCAAAUUAUGUGACACAUUUUUGAUUUAUCAUCAUUAACAGCUACAGUCUAAUUCUACAUGAUGUAAUAAGCUUAAAUCACACUUGUGAUUUCAGUGUCUUUUCAUCAGAUUAGCAGAAAUAACUAAACACAGGAAAGCAGUGUUUAUAUUAUUGAUUAUUAUUGUUGUUAUUGCAGCCGGAGUCAGGUGUGUUGUUCGUGAUCACAGCCUCGUUCCCUCUGAGAAAACCCGCGCCCAGCAGGAGUCUGUUGUGUCUCUCCAGGAGGUUUUGACAGGGGAAACAUUUGGGAACCACUGACCCAGUCUCUGCUGAAUGAGCGAGAACAUGACCACACCCCCUGUUCCUCCGUGUGUGUCUAUUGGCUGUUGGGAAUUAUCCGGUGCCUGGAUGUGGCCACUGUCAAGGGUUUAUACUAUUAAAACUCCCCAAACUCCACCGUCCUCCCCGACACUUGUUGCUGCUACCUGCUCACCACCAGGAGAGGACACCUGAACCGCUUCAGCAUUUCCUUUGGGAUUUCCCGCGGGGAGUGAUGAACUCCAUCGACCCCCAGUCCCAUCACCAGCACCAGCACCACACCUCCCCUACCGUCGGCUCUCUCCCACCCAAAGGCGCCCAGGAGGCCCCGGACAUGGCCGCUGUCUACUGCGACAACUUCAGCAGCAUGUACCACCAGCAGAGCCUCCAGGGCGCGCAGAGACCCGCCGGCUACGGCCUCGGGGAGUACGCAUCGUCUCCAAACCCGUACCUGUGGCUCAACGGGCCGGGCGUCAACUCCUCCGCGUCUUACUUGCACGGCAACAACCCGGCGUCGUUCAUCCCGCCCUCCUACGGCUCGCAGCGGCAGUUCAUAACAAACUCACCUGGAUUCGGUGGGCCCGACCUGGGCUGGCUGUCCAUCGCCAGUCAGGAGGAGCUGCUGAAGCUGGUCCGGCCGCCUUACUCCUACUCCGCGCUCAUAGCCAUGGCCAUCCAGAACGCGCACGAGAAGAAGCUGACCCUGAGCCAGAUUUACCAGUACGUCGCCGACAACUUCCCGUUUUAUAAGAAGAGCAAAGCCGGCUGGCAGAACUCGAUCCGGCACAACCUGUCUCUGAACGACUGCUUCAAGAAAGUGCCGAGGGACGAGGACGAUCCAGGAAAAGGAAACUACUGGACGUUGGACCCAAACUGUGAAAAGAUGUUUGACAACGGAAACUUCCGCAGGAAAAGGAAAAGACGGUCAGAUCCGAGCAGCGCAGGUGGAGCGGCGGCGGCGGCGGCAGUUGGGGCCACAAAAGUCGAGGACGGCAGGGCGGCGGUGGCGGCGUCCCUGAAGCCCUCGGACAGUCCUCAGCUCCUGGGACCGUCCUCUCCGGAGAUGGAGGCGAUGAACGAGAACCACAAGAGCUCGUCUUCAUCAUCACCGCCUGGACUGGCCUCGUCCGCUCCUUGUUUUAAUAACUUUUACAGCAGCAUGUCAACACUCAGCUCGGGGGGCCCCAGCCGGCAGGGGUCCCUGGGACUGGUGAACGAACUGUCAAAUAGGAACAUUACGGCCCUGAGCCCGUACCACCCCAACGCCGGUGGACAGGACACAGGGGUGUCAGAGCACAGCGAGGGUUUGCAUUUCAACCGUGGAGUGUACUACAACACGUUUGGCAGCGGGCAGAGCGGACAGUUCAACAGCCACUUCUACAACAGCUUCAGUGUCAACAGCCUGAUUUACCCCCGGGAGGGGACCGAGCUAUAGGAGCUGCUGCACCACAACCUCACACUCUUUUAGGGACUUCCUGCUUCGUGAAUCCCCCCUGAAAAAGAAACCACACACACGCACACAUACGAUACGUGCAUUUCAGCAGCGAGGCCAGAGUGCAGGUCCUCGAGGUCGCGGCUUCUCUUCAUCAUGAACGCAACACUCCCCUCAGCGAUCGGCUCACAGGAGAGAUCAGAGAACAUAAAGUAUUUUAGCUACGCUUGAUUUAACUUGACAAGUGCCCUGAGAUAACUGCUGUUGUGAUUCGGCGCUGUAUAAAUAAAAAUUGACUUGACUUGACAAGCACUCAAACUGUGGAAACAGCAGACGGAAAGUCAAACAAAAAAUUAGCACUUAUCUUUUUUUACUUCUUUAUUAUUUCUAUAUUAAAGCUCCUACUUUGCUCUUAAUGCUAAAAAUAUAUUUGCAAAGUAAGACAACCACUGAAAACUUGUACUUUUUAAAAAUAUUUUAAAUGUCUAUUUUUUUUUUACUUUUUUCUGACAGUUUCAACAGAAACUUUCCCAAGUCUUAUUGUCACAACUACUUUUGUCAUGUUUAAGAUGUAAAUGUACAUUUGAUAUCUUGCCACUUAUGCCAAAUCCAGCCCGUAUUCCUUUUGGAGCAGCUAAAUUCUCCCAGUUGAUUUACACAUGUUGUUGAAACUGUUCAUUCAUAAUCAACUCCAAUCUGCCAAAGUUGCCUUUGUGAGACCGCCAUUACCUCAGAACAACAACCACACGAGACGAGCGUGCCCUGCUGUAACGGGUUCACCUGCAUAUUCACACAGUUUCUUUCUUUUGUUUUUUUUCCAAAUGCAGCAAUAAUUGAUUUAACACAAAUAUAUGAUCCGAAACAGGGCUUGCCUUAUUUUUAUAUCCUCCAUGUCGACUGAAACCACAGCACUAAGGCUCAUGUAAAUACUUUAUAAAUGUGUAUUUUUGUAAAUUAUAAAGAUAGUUUGAGACUAUUUAUGCUAUUUAUGCUAAUAGGCAUUUUUUUCUACUAUUGUCUGAACAUAGUUUGAUUAAAGCAGAAGUGAAUGAUAUUAGCUUACGAAAUGUGCCGAGAACAGUAUCACUACAAAAACCCAGAUGUCCUAAAUAUAUAUUAAAACUAUAUGCUGUGUCAUGGUCUCUCUCAGGAUUCAACGUGACAAUCAUUGAAUGGCUUUUGUAUCUAUUAUUGUCUUUUUUUUUUUUAUCUUUAUACCGUACAUACAGCUUACAGGCAGUUUUCAACUGUGAUUAUAAAUAAAUAUCAUGUGGUCUC